AUGGGGACCAUAAUUAUUAAUCUUGAUAUUGUUCAUAUGAUGUACAAUGAUCCUAAAAAGAGAAAAAAGUUUGUGGAUGAAUUGAUGAAGUAUAAUGAUUUAUGCAAGUUACAUUGUACUAUUGAUUCAUCGGAUGAAGAUGAGAUUAUCAGGAGAUCAAAAAGAAAACAUGCAAAAACAGAAUAUAAUGAAUUUUUGAGCACUGAGAUGCGUAAGAUAACAUCUAUUAAUCCUGAUAUAAGUCAUACUGAUUCUUUCAAGAUGGCAGUCGAGGAGUGGAACAAUCGUAAACAAUUUUCAGAAGUUAAUUGUAUUAAUGCUUUAAUUGCAAAGUUGAGAACUGAGAAUACUGCGCUAACAAAUAAUAAUCCAAGGAUUGUUGUGGCAGAAAAACAAGCAAAUGAUAUAUUAAAUAAUCUCGGUAUCAAGAUAGAAAUGGAAGAUACGUUUGAGACCAAGAUGGGAAAGAUUGUUAAAGUGAGUGCAGAAGUAAAAGCUAUCAAAUCUUCCGAGGUAAUUCGUAUUACAUCAAUGAUUCGUGGUUUACAGAGGGAAAUUAAUUUUAUCGAUAAAAAGGUUAAUAAGAUAUUGACAAAUUUUGAAGAAAGUUAUUCGAUUGAUGAGACCUUGAGGUCAAAGAUAGAGAGAAUAGUUCGUAUUAGUAAGGAUGCAUCUUUUAUGGUGUAG